CUUGCCGUCGUCACCACAGGAAAUCACAUUGUAUUCCCCAUUUCUAGAAAAGCUACAAAGGAAAGUAGCCAGCACAGUGAGUUUAUUCAAAUUUAUCACAGAAUUGACAGAACAUAAUUUUAACUUUAUUCUGUUAGUAAGGAGGCGUUUGUCGCCAGUGAGGCAACGUGUGUAACGUUGUGAAAGCAGUAAAUAAUCUAGUAGGAAACAUACUGGCGCCUUGCAGCCGCCUUCAUUUACUUCACCAUCAGUCUGAAGCUUUUCCUCCAAAAUUAUGAACUAUUCUGACUACGACUCUGAUGGAUAUUCGUCUCAUGAAGAUGCAGACUACGUCCCAUCAGAUGACAACCUCAGUGAGGAUGACAUUAACGAGUGUGAAAAGGAAGACCCACUGCACGAGGGUGACGACGUGCCACAUCCUGACAACGUCACCAAGAAGAAGAAGAAGAAAAAGGACAUCAGUAUGAGAAAGAGGAAAAAAGGAGUCCUGAAAGUAGACAAAGAGGAGGAUGGAGGUGAAGCAGAAGAGGCACCUCAGGAAGAGGUGGAAAAACCCACAGCGAAACAGGAGGAUGAUGAUGUAAAACAGAAGAAAAAGUCAGAUGAACUCUGGGCCAGUUUCUUGUCUGACGUUGGAUCUAGACCCAAAGAUUCCACACCUGCUUCACAGUCUAGCACCACACAGAAGGCUGAUUCUUCAGCAACAAAGGUUGCUCCUUUGAGAACAGAAACAAAAGCACCAGAACCUGCUAAAGUCACCAUCACUAGAGUUUUUGACUUUGCUGGAGAAGAAGUCAGUGUGAAUAAAGAAGUAUCAGCAGACUCCAGAGAAGCAAAGAGUUAUCUGAAGCGCCUCAACACAAACCAGGAGGAGGAUAAAGAAGAAGAAGAAAAUGGCUCAUUGCCCAGCCAAAGAGCUCUUCCUGGCCCCAGUGCGAAGCGGCCAGCAGGCAUGUCCAACAUCCUGAGUCGUAUCGGGGGAAAGAAACAGAAGAUGAGCACGCUGGAGAAGUCAAAGAUGGACUGGGAUGCUUUCAAAUCGGAAGAGGGCAUCUCUGAGGAGUUGGCCAUACACAACAGAGGCAAAGAGGGGUAUGUGGAGCGGAAGAACUUCUUGGAACGCGUCGACCACCGACAGUUUGAGUUAGAAAAAGCAGUGCGACUGAGCAACAUGAAACAAUGACACAGACUGACAGGACACAGACACACACACACACACACAGACAGACAGGAGCAGAUGUAUAGAUGUCCUGUAUCUUGCUUUCUCUCUCUCUCUCUCUCUCUCUCUAUAAUGACUGAGUUGGUAUUCCCUCAGCAAAGUGAACUCAAACUGGUGCUGUGGAGUGAGUCUAUUUCAGGACGGGGGAUAUUAAUAGCCUGACUUUGUGUAAUGGUGGGGUGUUGAGUGUAUGUGUUAGGCUUCCUGUACUUCCGUCUUUGUGAGAACCAAUUAAAGUUUUGAACCUUCA